UUUAAGACAGCAUUAAUGAAUUUUAUUAAGUGUUCCAAGGAUGCAUUAAAUGUAUCCGAAGUGAAUGAUCUUGUAUCACAUACAGAUUCCAGUUCUGACCUUCUAUUUGUUGAAAGGAAUAAAAUUAUUAUGCAAAGUUUUGAUGAUGAAACAGAAAAUGAUCAAUUUAAAAAGUAUUUUCAUCACACUUGUUUUGAAAUUCGUUGUAAAUGGAAAAGUAUACUGCACAUUGCCAUAUACAAAAAAAUAGGGUUAUUAAAUAUAAAUGAAAUUAGCUUUAUUGUAGCUGUUAGUUCAUCAUCCGUGUCAGAUGCUGCAGAUGUUAUUCAGUUCGCUGUAAAUAAAAUUAAAUCAUUUGAUCCAUCAGAUUUCAUAGAUGAUACUUAUGGUAAUAUUCAAUACAAAAAUCAGAAUAAAUUAAAUCAUGAUUUAGUUGAAAUUGAUGAUGUAUCCCCGGAUUUAAUUCAAAUCAAAGCCAAUAAUUUUGAAAUUAAUAGAAGGAUUGAAAACUUCAUUCAAAUGAAAAGGACAGCCAUAAACCAAAGAAAUAUUAAGGAAUUUGUUCAAAUUAAUUUAAUGAAAGCUUCUAAGCAAAACAUUUCCAAUGAGAAUCAGUGUGCAAGAGUUGAUGCAGUUCUAUGGAAAAGAUCGGACUCAAAAAGUCAUUUGAAAAUACAUAAAGUAGUAAAUGAAUGGGGACCCCAAAUUUCAAAGUCCUCAACUAAUAUUGAUGAAUGUAUUAGUAAACAUACUUCUGACUUGCCAAUUUCAGUUAAUGAGCGUAUCACAAAUUGCGAGAAGCAUGUUGGUGUGGAUCGUCCCUUGUCUUCUGAUAUAUAUGCUAGAUUGAAACAUAUAGAGGACAGAAUUUUAGAAUUAGAUUCAAUUUCUCCUGAAUACUCCAACUUCUGGAAAAAUGAUUCUGCAAAGUUACCUCAACAGAUAGACAAAUACACAAAUUUCAAUAAGAAUAUCAAAUUUCAUACUAAAACUAAAUACAGCAUGGAAGAUUUACAUAAUAAAAUAUCAGAAAUCAAGAAAAAAGUUAAAACUGACUCUAGUUAUCAUUCUGAUAUGUAA